AUGGCACUACCGAACAAAGCCGCCCUCGUGGGCCUUGCACACACGCUUUCAGAGCAAGUAAAGCAUUAUCUGGUCACGGCAGAUGAGACGAAGAGCCCCGAAGACCAUAAACUCUGUAUUGAAAGAGAGAUAACUCCCUCCUCCACCGAACACGCACAGGCCUGGGAGAUCGUGCGUACCUGCGACCGCAUUGGCUCCUUGGUUCAUGGCCCGGUUCCCUGGCUCCUAAGCAACGCGUUAUCCCAUCUCGAUAGCGCCUGUCUAGCUGCUGCCACCCAGCUCAACCUACAGGAUAUCAUUGUGGAUGGACCUAGUCCCACAUCACUCGACACAAUCGUCGCCGCAACCGGAGUAUCAGAGGAUUUACUACGACGGAUUCUUCGAGGAUGUGCCCAGCGCUUCAUUUUCGAGGAGGUUGCCCCUGACCAAUACGCCCACACAGAUGCCUCAAAGAUGCUGCGAGUGACGGGUAUUCAUGCCUUGGUAGGAUUCUCAUGUCCUCACCAGGGAGACCGAGUUAGAUGUGACGAAGUGAUGCGGUCGGGUGCCUACUUUUCCGACUUCUUGCAGCAGACGAAAGGCAAACCUCCGAGUUGGAAUGUGCCUUCACCUUUCUCAUUGGCAUUUGAUCCUACCAAAGGGCUAUUUGACUAUUACAGCACUGUGGACGAGGUUCGCGGCCGCCGCUUUGAUCUAGGUAUGGGUGGCACCGAAGCCACGAAGCCACUGGUAGAGGAGAUGUUUGAUUUCAGCAGUCUACCUGAGGGGAGCACCGUUGUCGAUGUCGGCGGCGGUCGUGGUCAUCUCAGCCGACGGGUUUCGCAAAAGCAUCCCCACCUCAGGUUCAUCGUACAGGACCUGCCUGCCGUCAUUCACGGAGUUGAGGACACUGAUAAAGUCACCAUGAUGGAGCAUGACAUUCGGCGCCCCAACCCAGUGCGUGGCGCCGACGUCUAUCUUCUCCGAUCUAUUCUACAUGACUAUCCCGAUGCUGCAUGCGUGGAAAUCCUCUCUAACAUCGUCACCGCCAUGGACCCAAGCAAGUCGCGCAUCCUUCUGGACGAAAUGAUUAUGCCCGAUCUUUUGGCGCAGGAUUCGCAGCGCUUCAUGAAUCAGAUCGACAUGACGGUUGUUCUGACAUUGAACGGGAAGGAGAGGUCUCCCAAGGAGUGGAAUUCGCUUAUUACGAUGGUAGAUGGUAGACUGGAGACUGAGAAGAUAUGGUGGCGCAAAGGCGAGGAAGGGUCUCAUUGGGGCGUUCAACAACUGCGUUUGCGCAAGUAG